AUGGAGAGAGAGGACAGUUGCCUGUAUUCCAUGAGCUAUGGAAGAGAGUCUUCAUACUCUGUUGGCAAGAUAGUAACUGAUAGACUGACCCUUGGGCCCAAUGAUGAAGCAGUUAUCGCUGGGUUUGUUUUCGGCUGCAGCUUAGGCACCAAUUACAACAAGCUUGAAGCCGGAAUCAUGGGGUUUGGCGCAGAGGCCUUCUCCUUCUUCAUGCAAGUGUCCCACUUCGUUGGAUACGAGGCUUUCAGCUACUGUUUCUCAAGUGACAGGCAGAAGCAAGGGUAUUUGUCAAUUGGAAACUAUAGCCGCACCAGCUCUUCCUAUUCAACACCAAUGUUCGUGGCGACGCCCCGGCCGGUGUUUUCUAAACUGCCCAGAUCCAUGUACUCUUUGCAGCUGAAUUCAUUGUCCGUCAACGGAAUCACCCUGCACUCAGACCCCUACGAGAUGACCGUUGACAGUGGGACAGAGAUGACCUUGUUGCUGUCGGAUACGUUCGAUGAGCUAGACAAUGCAGUGACCCAAGCCGUGGAGCCUCUUGGGUAUAUGCGGACCCGUUCUACCAUCUGGAGCGACAAUCAUAUUUGCUUCGAGGACAAGGAUUUCACACCUUUCAAGAAUUGGUCCGCCCUGCCGGUGGUGGAGCUGUUAUUUGGAUCAGGCGCAAAGCUAAGGGUGCCGCCCCAAAGCGCCUUCUACAAUGACGGGGGUCACGGCCUGUGCAUGUACUUUGUGCGGGAUGCAUUUUUUGUCAAGGGCAUGCAGAUUCUGGGGAACACGGUAACGCAAUCGAUUGGGAUCACGUUCGACAUCCAAAGCGAACAAUUUGUGUUUCGGGAAGGAGAGUGCUGA